CGCCCGGAGUCGCUCGAGGGCUCGGCGUCAGCCACUUCCGCCCGGAGUCGCUCGGGGGCUCUGGGCGUGAGCUACUUCCGUCCGGAGUGGACUGCUGCCUGGAGAUGUGCGGGGCCUGAGAUCCCUUCGCUUUCCCCGCUCCCCGGAAGAGGACCCCCCCCCCUUCUCCCCCACGCCCCCCGGUUCCCUUAGACGGGGUUGCCGGGGAAACAGCUCCUGGCCGUUUGAGACCCCCGGCCCGGGCUGGUGUGGGAGACGGGGCCCUCCGGACCGGGCUCGAGGGGCCGGCCGCCGGGAGCUUGAGGAAGGAGGGAAGAGAGGAACGACCAGGCCCUGCGGCCUUUUCCUCGGGUUCCUGGUCCCCCCCGGCCGCUAUGGAGUUCGCGGAGCUGAUUAAGACACCGCGAGUGGAUAACGUGGUGCUGCACCGGCCCUUCUACCCGGCUGUGGAAGGCACGCUAUGCCUGACCGGCCAUCACCUGAUCCUGUCCUCCCGGCAGGAUAACACGGAGGAGUUGUGGCUGCUCCACUCUAACAUCGACUCCAUCGAGAAGCGAUUCGUGGGAUCAUUGGGUACCAUAAUCAUAAAAUGCAAAGAUCUGCGGAUUAUUCAGUUGGACAUUCCUGGCAUGGAAGAAUGUUUAAAUAUUGCCAGUUCCAUUGAGGCUUUGUCAACCUUGGACUCCAUCACUCUGAUGUAUCCUUUCUUUUAUCGACCCAUGUUUGAAGUGGUAGAAGAUGGCUGGCAUACAUUUCUUCCUGAGAGAGAAUUUAAACUCUUGUCCUCAGUUACCAAGGAAUGGAGACUGAGCUACAUCAAUAAAGAUUUUUCUGUCUGCCCCUCUUACCCUCCAAUUGUUACUGUGCCCAGCUGCAUUGACGACGAGGCUCUCAGAAAAGUGGCUACAUUUCGUCAUGGUGGGCGCUUCCCAGUACUUAGUUAUUACCAUGAAAAAAAUGGAAUGGUAAUGAUCCGGAGUAGUCAACCACUCACCAGCACCAAUGGGAGACGGUGCAAAGAAGAUGAACAACUUAUAAAUGCUACCCUUGGUCCAGGAAAACGAGGAUACAUUAUUGACACCCGAUCUCUAAAUGUGGCUCAACAAGCCAGAGCUAAAGGGGGUGGUUUUGAGCAGGAAGCUCAUUAUCCUCAGUGGAGACGCAUUCACAAGUCCAUUGAGAGGUAUCAUAUUCUUCAGGAGAGUUUGAUAAAACUUGUAGAAGCUUGUAAUGACCAGUCACAUAACAUGGACCGGUGGCUUAGCAAAUUAGAAGCUUCUAAUUGGUUGACUCACAUCAAAGAGAUUCUAACCACUGCCUGCCUGGCUGUUCAGUGUAUUGACAGGGAAGGAGCAUCGGUAUUGAUUCAUGGAACAGAGGGAACUGAUUCUACACUUCAGGUUACCUCCCUGGCCCAGAUCAUCUUAGAACCAAGAUGUAGGACCAUUCGUGGUUUUGAGGCUCUUAUAGAGAGAGAGUGGCUACAGGCAGGCCACCCCUUCCAGCAGCGUUGUGCCCAGUCGGCCUACUCCAACAGUAAGCAGAAGUGGGAAGCACCUGUGUUUUUUCUUUUCUUAGACUGUGUGUGGCAAAUCCUGCGCCAGUUCCCUUGCUCCUUUGAAUUUAAUGAGCAUUUCCUUAUCAUGCUCUUUGAGCACUCUUAUGCCUCACAGUUUGGAACCUUCUUGGGCAACAAUGAAAGUGAAAGGUGUAAAUUGAAACUACAGCAGAAAACCAUGUCUCUGUGGUCCUGGGUCAAUAGACCCAGUGAGCUGAACAAGUUCAUUAAUCCUCUUUUUGAAGCCAAUAGCCUUGUCAUCUGGCCUUCAGUUGCUCCACAAAGUCUUCAGUUAUGGGAAGGUGUAUUCUUACGAUGGAAUAGAUCCUCUAAAUAUCUGGAUGAAGCCUAUGAUGAAAUGAUUAAUAUCAUUGAAUAUAACAAGGAAUUACAGGCAAAAGUAAAUACCCUUAGAAGGCAGUUGGCAGAGCUGGAAACAGAAGAUGGUGGGAUGCAAGAAAGCCCCUAAGAAAGUCCCUUGUGGCUCUAGAGUUGGAAUCUUUUCCAUCUCUUUCUCCUUUAGCUUCUUUCUCCUAUUUUCCUAUGGUUCAUCUUUACAGUGAAGCUUGAAAUAUGCUUAAGUGGUGGAACUGGUUUGAUGUAAUAGAUUUCGCAACAUUUCAUUGAUGAAAUCUCCAACCAUUUUUUACCUUCCAUAAGGCCUCUUAGGUGGCUUCAUUUUGAGGAAAAGAGGAGUGAUAGUCAUUUUAGUUGACAUUAAAGUAGUGACAUGUUUGAUGGAGUCAUCCUAUAGACCACUUACACUUAAGUGUAAACUUAAGCUUAUUUUUUAAAUUUAAAUCUUAUAUGGAUGGAUAGCUAUGGACAAAGACAAAAGUCAUCUAAUUAAAGGAUUAUUUGGCUUUUUUUUUGUCUUGAGUUUUGGUGUUUAUCAGAAUUCCAUAUGUUUCAAACCUGCAAUGGCAAAUCAAGACAUUUUAACAAUGGACUUAAAAAUGGAUUUGCAACUUCUUUUUGACAUAAUUCUUACUAACAAAGAUAAAUUUAUUCUAUCUUUGGUUUAUUAAAAAGGAAAUAGAAGUACAUUGAUACCAUUGUUUCAUUGUUGUAGGACAAUUGCUUUUGAAAGAGAAGCCAGCUGUCUGAUGGGAUUUCUGUUAAGAAUUAGAAAAGUGAACACUAAAUCAGAGUUGGAAGAAUGUGCAAUAUUGACAUUGUUUUGUUUUUGAGUUUCUUGGCCAUACCUUGUAGAAAUAAAAAUAACAUAUGAGGACCAGAAAGAAAAAAUAUAAUUUGGAAGAGGUCAUAAUUUACAAUAUAAAAAAUGGUUACCUUUAACUAGAGAUGCACUGCCCUUGUCUGAUGUUCUCAUUGCACUGGGUUUUUUUUUUUUUUUGUUUUUUUUUUUAAAGAACAGGAGUUGACUAAUACUAAGGUUACAACUUUUGUGGUGAUUUUUUUUUUUUAUCACAAUGCAUUUUUGUCUUGACUGUUAACUUGUCCAUGUUUUACGUUAGGCAAAUGUGAUUUAAAAAACAAACUAUGUGAUGGUGAUGUAAUACCACAUUUUAAAUUUCAGAAACUAAGUAGAUUAAAAGAUUUUCAGAUGUUACACAAAAACACUAAUGAUUUAUUUAUUCUGGUGUCAGCUUUUUCUUCUGGUCAGUUCUUGAAAAUGUGUUGCCAAUUUUUUUCAUCAUUGAUUUUGUUUAGCUAUUACUUAGCACUCUUAAAGAAGACACUGUGAAAGAGUAGAAUUUAAUAUCAACUCAUAACAUCUAUACAUGUAACCAUUUUAGUGUAGAAUACUGAAACAUAACCCAGUUUUAGUGCUACUGUAUGUUGUGGAAAAGGAUAAACUUUUUGCUUUCCAUCCUUGAAUGUAAAUCUGACCACAGUAGCCCUAGAAACUGGCAAAUACUUGCUGCUUCUCCCCACCCCAUCCAGAAAUACAAUCCUGCCACUUUAAAAGUUUCUGCUCUUUUUAUUCCUUUUCCUGGCUAGUUAGCAGUAAUUUGAAAAACUGUUGUUAGUGAGAAGUUGUUUAUAGAUAUUUUAGAAUGGUGGAUAUCUUUGAUUAUUGCUGUGAACCUUAGAACAUAAUAGCCCUUAUUAUAAGGCAAGGAAGGGAAUUGAGAUCUCUAUAGAAAUAGAUUAGAGCUAGUUAUGUAUGGUGUAUAUAUGUGUGUGUUAUAUAAAUUUUGGAAGGCAGAGACUGAAAGAAAACUUUGUGAGUCCUGAGAAUGACCUGCUACUUUCCAACCACAUCUAAAACUAGGUUUCUCUUUGUUUCAAAGUAGCAGACUUUUUCCCCCUCCACUUAGGAAUAAGGGAGAGCAUCAGAAGAUUUCUUAGUGAUUCCUUAAACAUGAUUAAUACAACAUGUGGUCCACAGGAACUAGAUAAGCAGGUAUAGGGGCUGUUUCUUACUAGGUCCUAUGCCUAGAGAUGGCAUCUCAUCAUCUAUGGUCAGCAAGUAUAAUAAUGAAUGUCUGAGCCAGAGUUCAGUAAUAAUAAGGGACAUAAAAUCUGCUCCCUCUUUCUCUUCCUGAAAACAGGUGCUAACACAUAAGGAAUGUUAAGCUAUCGUAUGGUUUUGUGCAUUGUAGAUAGAAAUCUCAAAAUCAGAGAGUCAUUUGGGGCAAGUUAGAGCCAACUGAAGUGUCUUCUGGCUAUAUGAAAAAAAUACUAUGAGAUAAUAAAUUACCUCUGACUUGAAAAAAGAACAAAUAAGAGUUGCUUAUGAGAUAUUAGUGUUUUUUAAUACUCUUAAGAUAGAAGCCUUAGGUCUCGGGGAUUGUCCUUAUCAAGGUCCCGUUUCUCAUUUAGGGUGAUGCACAUGAGGUAUUUGUGUGUGAAAUGGAUACCUUCAUUUAAUCAUUCAUAUUGAAGGUGCUGGUUUACAUUUUUAGUUGUAGUUAAAAGUUUGUGAAAGGGAAACAAGCAAGUGUGUAAGCACUAUCCAGUAGUACACAGAUCUGGUGUAGCCAACCACAUCCAGGACUUUAUCUUUCUAAGUGUAGAAUAGUUUCUUAUCCCUAUCCUUCAGCUGAAUGAUUUCUACUUAGAAUCUCUAUUCCUUCGUUUAGUCAGUUCUUCAAAUCCUGACUGUUUUUAGAUAAACUUGCCCUAUUAUUUUUCCAAGAGAGAAUUUCGUCUCUGUGACUUUAUUGAGUCCAUUAUUAUCAUUUGUAAUUAACAGAUAAUUAUCUAGAUUUGGAAAACAGGUUUGGCUAAAUUACAGUUAAAAUUAUGGGUUUUUUAUUUUCAUGGCAAAGGCCAUCAUAUAUAGUAUUUGUGUCAAAAUGAGCUUUUUGCCUUCACAAACAUUUGAGGCAGUUAUGCAGCCGCUGUAAGAUUUGUUGCCAAAUGAAAAGUUAACAAUAUUAACUUCUAAAUAGAGUUCAUUCUUAAGUUUUAGAAGCAAUUUAGAUGAACGGUGUUAGAAAAUCUUUGUAUUUAUUCAUAAGCUCAUGUUGGGAAGAUUUCUUUUAUAAUCUUUGGACUGUCAGGUCUAGAUUAAUAAGAAUAUAUGGGUCUCAAAUGACUUCAAUUUAGGUGAUGAAAUGCAGGAGAAUUUGAAAGUCUAUUGACUUCUUUUGUAUAAGUCAAGAGUAAAUACCUCUUGUCAAAUACAUGCCCAUGAAACCACUUAAGGAAGAAUUGAGUCCUUUUAAUUACCUGAAAUGAAAACUUUUCAAUUUUACUGAUUGGAUACUGUAAGAAAGCAGAAUACUUAUUUCUUAGACUGAAUUCAUUCUCUCCAGGACAAAAAGUGAGCUAGUUAUUUAAAUAAUUUGUCCCUUGCUCUGGCAAUAGAAAGCCUAUGACAAGUAAUAGAAGGCUACUGAGCAAAUCUAAGUGACCUGUUUUAGUCUUUUGUGUGUCAAUAUCACACAGAUUUGGGUUUUUUCCCCUUUUUCCUUUAUUUUGGGCACACCUAGAGUGAUUUUGUCUACUUUUGCUGAGAGGUGGGCUUUUCAAGAUAUUUCCUUGGUUAUGUUUUUAUGUAAUUCUCCAUCUUAUAAAAUAUCAAAUACUGGGGAAGACUGGUUUUGCCUUCAGUAUAACAACCAAUAAAAGACUGGUAUUCAUAGUCUUGUCUUUUUUUUUUUUUCUUCCUUCAUUAAAAAAACUACUUUUAUCUAUUUUCAUCCAUAAGGUCUUGAAGUCUUCAUAAGAUACAUAUCAGCCCAUUUUAAAUGGGUAACCCAAAAGUAGUUUUUUGAAAUAUUUCAAGUUCUUGACUUCCAUACUUAUUACUGUAAGUUACUAUUUAGCAAACAGAGCCAUCUGUCCUUCAGAAUUAAAAAUUUACAAAAUAUUCAAUUUCUUUUAUUCUAUGUGAAGGAAAUUGGUAUUCACUACAAAUUCUUUACUGUCCUGAAAAGUGAUUACUGGUGGAAUUUAAGAGUGAACAAAAAUCUUUUAUUUUUGACUAUUUGCAAAUCCAAAGAAUGGUGUAUAGAGAUUUAAAACCAUCUGAUUGCUCAGUGCAGUAGGGCCUGUUUAUAACUAGCCAUAAUAACACUUGCUUUUGGUUCAAGCUGUAUGUAUGCAUCCUGGGAGAGUUAUUGUUCAACACAAGUACAUGCUAGACUUCAUUUCUUAGAAUCCUUGUACAUCUAAUGCCAUUUAUAAUAAAAAUGUUGUACUUGCACAAUUUAGUUUAAAUGUAUUUCUUCACUAGCCAGGUAUUUGGAUUGUACUCGUGAUAUAUUUGAAUGUUGACUCUUGGGUUCAAGUGCACUGUUACUAUUCAUGUUCCAUAAAAUAAAGUCACACCAUAUAGCAUUAUUGGUGGCUGUAAUGUAUCUUUUGCUAAACAUUAGAGUGCUGUUAAUUUUUUUUGUAGAGAUUCCUCUACAGAGCAUUUGUCUUUUACUGGUGGGGAAAGAUAACUCUACACUUUUGUAUAUCUGUGUAACAUUUUAAUAUUCUUUGUAAUGUUCAAGUCAGGGUCAUUAAAUAAUGCAAACUAAAUAGUAGAUAUAUAUCCAUCCUAAAUCAUCUUGAGUCAACUGUUUUGUCAAGUGUGAUUUUAUUGACUUGAAAGAAAUUGUGUUGUCUCAAGUGUUUAUGUUAUUGUUGGUGCCUUGUUUUGUGUAUGGUGUUUUCUUCCACUACAAAGGAGAGCUGCACUGAGUCUAGAUAAAAUUUCAAUCUAAUCAGAUGCUGAAAAAUUAAGCUGCCAUCUGACAAUAGUUUUUUCAAAGAGCUUAAAGAAGUUGGUAGAAAAUAUUUGAAUUAAAAUAUGCUUACGUUUAAAUAUACUUAUUGUUUUAACCUGCA